ACGCAAGAAAAAACAGUUUCAGCGAGGAAGGCGUAGAUGCAGCAAGAGAGAUAGAGAGAGGGGAGAAAAACGCCGGUAUCCGGUGGAACCGUGAGGCGGUGGGAGUCCUGAAGCCCCUCUCUUUGUGCUCUGAGCCUGACUGAGAGCGAGAGGCUGGCCCCAACUCCCGCAACAUGCAGUCUGGAAAACAGCCGCCCGUGUAGAGGGAGAGCGAUUGGGGAAACGCUCUCCCAGGACCGGGGCAUCCAGACCCUCCCUGGACCAGCAGCAGGAGGAGGAGGACUGGUUCCUAUAAACCAGGGGCAAGGGAGAGAGGAGACGGGGCUGGGGGCUUGUACUGAGUCCGCACAGUUCCCAGAAGAAGGAGAAAGGUCCAACUUCGUCGCCUUUUGGACAAACCGGUGAAUCUGCCAUUUUACUGCAGUGUGUGUGUGUGUGUGAGACACAUCGCCAUUAAUCUCGGUGCUGCAGAUUUCCAAAAAGAAAAUCAGUGGGAGUGGACACAAAUUCGUUGUAAAAACCUGGGCUUUCCAAACGCUGCAGAUGAUUUGGAUUAAUCCCCGAUUUUUAAAAGAAAAAUUGGUCGCACUGGGAAAAUAACCAAGAGAUUGCACAUCUGCAAGGCGGCUCCCCGACGCAGUGAGACCUCAGCAGCAUCUGCAGUAUCCCCCAGCACCAGAGGCUGAGCAGUGAUAGCUCCAGAUAGAUACCAGCCCCAGAGGCUGAGCAGUGAAAGCUCCAGAUAGCCCCCAGUCCCAGAGGCUGAGCAGUGAAACCCCCUUCCCCGAGCCCACCCCCCCAGGGCAGCCGUGAGUACCAGCACAAUGGGUACCGUGCUGUCUCUGUCCCCUAGCUACAGGAAGGCGGCUCUGUUUGAGGAUGGCUCGGCCACAGUGGGCCAGUACACGGCCGUGCAGAACAGCAAGAACUGCAAGGAGAAGAACCUCAAGCGGCAGUCCCUCAUCUCGGUGCUGCCCUGGAAGCGCAUAGUGGCCGCCUCGGCCAAGAAGAAGAGCUCCAAGAAGGUCAACCCCAACAGCUACCAGAGCAACGUGACCCACCUCAACAACGAGAACCUGAAGAAGUCUCUGUCCUGCGCCAACCUGUCCACCUUCGCCCAGCCGCCGCCAGCCCAGCGCCUCAACCAGGGCUCGAAGGUAGCCUCCACCCCCAAGAAGAGCCCCAGACUCGGCUCUGCGACGUCUCCCAAGAGGGUGAUAGUACAGGCGUCCACCAGCGAGCUGCUCAAGUGCCUGGGCGAGUUCCUGUGCCGCCGCUGUUACCGCCUGAAGCACCUGUCUCCCAGCGAGCCGGUGCUCUGGCUCAGGAGUGUGGACCGCUCGCUGCUCCUGCAGGGUUGGCAGGACCAAGGGUUCGUGGCUCCGGCCAACGUGGUCUUUGUUUACAUGCUGUGCCGAGACGUGAUCUCCCCGGAGCUCGCCAGCGAGCACGAACUGCAGGCCAGCCUCCUGACCUGCCUCUACCUGUCCUACUCCUACAUGGGCAACGAGAUCUCCUACCCGCUCAAGCCCUUCCUGGUGGAGAGCUGCAAGGAGGCUUUCUGGGACCGCUGCCUCAGCAUCAUCGACGCCAUGAGCGCGAAGAUGCUGCAAAUCAACGCGGAUCCCCACUUCUUCACCCAGGUCUUCGCCGACCUCAAAAACGAGUGCAACCAGGACGACAGUGGACGGAUGCUCAUAGGCUUGGACCGGUGACUGAGGUUCCUCCACCCCCCCCCCCUUUCUUUCCUCCCCCCCCCCCGGCUGCAUCACUGUCUCUGAGACACAGACACAUAAAAUCUCGAGAAUCGAUUAGAACCUAACCGAUACCUCGACUGACUUGAGUGUGCAUCAUUUUCCUUUACUCUGUAUGUAUGUGCGUGUGUGUGUGUGUCAGGGGGGUUCUAGUCCGAAAGGGAUUUAUUUCCAUGCUGCUAAAAAAAAGUGUUUUAGAACAAAUUUAAAACCCGUCCUGGAUAAACGGCACGUUUUUUAAAAAAUCUUCUUUAAAUUGCUACAGUGGUAUUGUGCAUGUAAAGUAUCCCUGUGUCCCUGAGACUGAUAUUAGAACUGACUGUACAACAAUUUAAAAAAAACACCAAGGAAAACACUUGAGUAUUGGGAUAGUUCUUUUUUCCAUUCAAUGUUUUGAAGAAGUAUUUAUCGACAUCAAGACGAGGGGAAAUAUAUAUAUACUUUUUUUCUGUCGUUUUGGGAUGCACGUGACUUCUGUUUCUCUGAAAUCAGAACCUACUAAGGAUGUGCCAUUUUCACACGGAAGUCUGACUGAGAGACUUCAGUUGUACAUUUUGAAAGUGCUAAUAUUAUGAAAAUGUUUCCCAGUGCAAUUUGUUAUUUAAGAAAAAAAAAUCUCUGUUGACCAAAUGGUGUUAUUUGUUGUAUGUGUGUAGGGUGUAUGUAUGUGUGUGUCUGGGUGAAAUUGAGAAUAUUGGUGUCACAAUGCUGUGAACAGCGGUGGCUGUAUUUUAUGUUAAUUUUUUUUUUAAUUUCUAUUUAUUUUUGUACUGUGAUGAAUAAAUGCACUGAUCAUUCACGACUGA